CUUCCCUACCCAGGCGGCCAACCGCAGCAAUAAGUGGGAAGGCCUACCCCUCACACUCUCCCAAAAAUAAAGUCGUACUUGCAAGUCGGAAGUCCUCAUAAUAAACAGGAGACCUGCUCACCUUCUUGCUCCCCUCCCCACUGCCGGUAUAUGCCCGAAUGAUCGAUUCCUGUUAAUUCCCUUCCACCCAUCUCUACCAACCGUCGGAAACAGUCUGGUGUGGUAUUAUCCUACGACUCGAGUAGUGGCGUGUCAAAAAGAAAUAGGGGGAGAAAAGCGCAUUCGAUCAUCUACCGGUAUCUAUCCAGUGAAUGACACCUUCGAAAUACGAGGAAGGAGAAGAAAAUUUGGUUUCCAUGACAUCUAACCUGCCAUAAUAUCGGCCACUUUCGCUCUGUCUUCUAAUUUGUUUGCCCAAAUUUUUUUUCCACCUGCAGUUUUUAUUCCUGUUUUUUCCGGUUAUUUUGAGCACGACCGUUCCGGUUCACUUUCGUACAUUAUUGUGCAACGCCCCUUUGCCACCCAGGUCGGUAUAUUAUUCACAGGCUCUGCAGUACUACAGACUGCUUUCCUUAGUUCCUUUCACGAACCUCCCCAAUACUAUCAUCGUUCCACCAAUAUGAGUUUAUCAGGUCCUUCACAUUUUCAGCACAGAGCAUCGGACGAUAGCGAUAGCAGUAUGGGCACCUCCAGCGACAGCAGUGCAUCACGAAGUACUGUACCGAGUUCACUGCCAUCGUUAGAGCAACAUGAAUCAAAGACGGCUUCUCCUGCAGAAUCGGAGAUCUUUGAUUACCACCCUGCCCAUGACCCCCGCGAGUCGGAAAACACGUACUGCAGCACGGUCGAAGAUCCAGACGAUGAUUACCCCUAUUACGAUACCCAUCCAUAUGUACACUAUCACAAGGCGCCACCACCACAGGCCUCGCCUUCGACCCCCUCAGAGUUUGCCGAACUCUUUCCAUCAACCAGGUGCCUUUCCAUACGGCAUGAUGAUUCAACGCUUGACGGGAACAUGAACUUGAGGGUGGCUCACAUUAAGCGAAAGACAAUCAAACCCGCACCCCAGCGACCCAGACUUCAACGCUCUGUCAGUAAGGCCUUGCAUAGCUUUCGUGGAAGGACGGAGGCGGAGCCAGUAGCAAAGUUGAACCGUCAGGAUAGUGGAUAUUCAUCUUCAGGUUUUGACGGGGAAGAGGAGGAAGAGCUGAAAUCCUCGAGCGAGGUCACCCAAAACAACAACAUUUGCACGUUAGAGUUCUCUAAUUAUGCCCAUGUUGAUUUGACCAGGCGUGGAGGAAAGGGCUCGAAAAAGUAUGACUUUGAGUACUGGGGAAAGAGCUAUUCAUGGAAGAGGGUUGCCAAGCAAGUUGGGCCGCAUGCUGGCGCCGAAGAAAUUUCGUAUCAACUCGCCAACAACAGCACCGGAAAUGUUGUUGCCCAUAUCGUGCCCGAUCCACUUUCACCUACCCAAGCGCAAGCCGAGGAGGCCAAAGGCGGAAUUGUCCCUCCGUGUUCAUUUUGGUUGAGGGAUUCUAGUCAGGAUCCCAUUAUAUUGUGCCUAGCUGACGUUGCCGACGUUAUUAUGGCCACUGGUUUGACGGCGCUCGUUGAUGAUUGCAUCAAGCGCAGGUUUCACAAGAAAAAGACGGUCCAAUUGGUAUUACCUAUGCCAAUGAUCAAGAAUCCCAUGAAGAUGAACCUGGAAUAUGUUGGGCCAAAACGUCUCAUCGACGAGGUCUUCAACCGAAGGCCCACUCUGUCGAGAAGUCAAUCGACGCAGAGUAGUCGAAGUCCCCUUCCUGUUAGAUCGGCGACCGCUUAAGUCCGUCCGCUUUCCUUUUCCUCAAUCAGUUCUUCGGUCGGGGAAGAAAUAUAUGAACAAUAGCCGGCGUACAUCUUUUAUGGGGUGUUCUUCCUCUCUCUCUUUCUUCUCAAGUACAUAAUAUUUUGUGCAUACCAUUUAUCAUUCCGUUUCGUUUUUUGGGAGGUCCGGCGUUUUUAUUCUUCACUUUCGGCAUCAGAGCAGAGCGUCUACUAUCUGGUAAGAAGUAUUCUAGGGUCCGUUGUUGGUUGGCUGGGUGUUUGGGUUAUAUCUCGCGUUAUUAACUCCCCCCUCUAUCUCUUUGCUCUCCCUCCUUCCUGGGGGUGGGAUGGGAUGGGAUGAGAAUUGAGGGGGAAAUAACAUCGGAACGGCGAUGCGGUGUUUAGCAUUUUAGAGGAUAUCCUUGUUUUUCUUUCCAGCUCGUACGGUUCGGCUGGCAAAGAAACAUUAUCCAUUGUCUCGUUUCCUCCCUUCUCCAUGAGUAAAUUUUUUUCUUCCGCUUUUCUUUUAUUCGGUAUGGUAUAUUUGCUUUUUGUUAGUCGGGGGGUUUUUUUUUUCGUUAAUUGGUCCCAGACUCGUUGGCAAGGAACGAAGAAGCAUAUGAAUGAGUGGGUGGUCAUUACACCACUAUCAUUAUGUCUCUUUCGAGGGUUUUGUUUGCCCUUGGGGAAAUAAAACUACAUGCGCGGUCAUUACAUUUUUUUUUGGGGGGGGGGAUUUUUCUGUUUUCUGAGUUUUGAGUAUUGAUGCCUUUUGUUUUUGUCCUAUUUUCAUUCAGGUUCACGUACGGAUAAUGUAUCUGUGUGCGUAUGUAUGAAUGUCACGUAUGUGUGUGUAUGUAGUCUAUGGUUAUUUAUUUAUUGAUACCCGAA